AUCUAAGCUGAACCUAAAAACUCACCCUGCCAAACUAUGUCCAUUGCCUUUACCACUCAAUUUAUCCAAGAUUUUGUAGGAGAAUUCCACUCUAGAAGGUUGCUGCUGCCAAACCCCGAAAACCACCACAAUUCUUCACAUCCUUACACUACUGCUAACAUCACCUUCGAUGGAAACCUUGUUGUUAUGGUUCUGUGGUUCCUCUUGUGUGCCUUAAUUUGCUCACUUGGAGUGAAGUCCAUCAUUAAGUGUACAUCUAGGUGCUUGUGUUUAUUGACCUCAGAAUCCGGAGGCAGCAGCACCACUGCCUUAGCUAACACAGGGGUCAAGCCAAAAGCAUUGAAUACCUUUCCAACAGUAAACUACUCCGAUGAGUUGAAACUGUCAGGGUUGGACUCUGAGUGUGUGAUAUGUCUCUCGGAUUUCGCACCGGGUGACCGGGUGCGGCUUCUACCCAAGUGCAACCAUGGGUUCCACGUCCGUUGCAUAGAUAAGUGGCUAAGCUCCCAUUCAUCAUGCCCUAAAUGUCGACACUGCCUCAUCGAGACAUGCCAAAAGAUUGUGGGGUGUAGAGAGGCAAGCUCGCCAGAACCACCUUCUUCACUGCAACAAACCAUUCUGACCAUACGACCCAUAGCUCCUGAAUCUUUCAUACAUAGCUAUAGGUCAAUUAGCUUAGCUUAGAUUAGCCCUUUUUCUGUUGUUGUUGGUUUAAUUGUAUCAUAUGUGUUCAAGCUUACACAUACUAGUUGAACCCUUGCUAUCAGCUUAAAUUUCUUAGUAAUUGUCCGUUCAUUUUAACAUGAUAUGAACUAGCUAGGCUCCUCAUUAGUAACGCAAUUGCAAGCUAUUUUUUUUCUACCCUACUUCUGUUCAUAAUAUAUAUUAUGUAAAUUACAUUUUUAUAUAAGCAAUGAACUCUACUGCAUCUUUAUUUAUUUUUUAUUGAUAAAAAGAGAGCCUGUUUACUGUUCAA